AUGGCACACACCGCACUUAACGAUGAAGAAAUUAAAGAAUAUUUUGAUGCGCCAGAGGAACUUGAUCAAAAAAUCAAAACUUUAUCAGAUUGCAUUCGCAAUGCAAAACAUUUCAUUGUCUACACCGGAGCAGGUAGAGGAUCUUCACUCUUUACAGAAAAAAAGAAUUCUAUAUUGGAAAUGAUCAUAAUUGGUAUAUCGACAGCAGCUGGCAUCAAUGAUUUUCGCGGUCCUACAGGUGUUUGGACAGCUCGAGCGAGAGGUUUUGUACCACCAACAUCGGCUGUGCGCAAUCCAGAACCAACACUGACACAUAUGGCUUAUGUCGAGUUGAUGAGAAACGGCUAUCUCAAAUUCUUAGUUUCUCAGAACUGUGAUGGUCUUCACCUUAAGAGUGGAAUAUCUGCGAACAAAAUUGCUGAGCUACACGGAAACUCGAAUUGUGAAGCUUGCGCAAAGUGUGGGAAAGUCUACUACAGACAAACACGUGUCAAUCAGUAUGAACAUAAAACUUGGCUAACGGGAAACAUGUGUACAGUACCGAAUUGCAAUGGACGUUUACGUUGUACUACCGUUGCCUUUACUCAAUCGAUGCCUGAUAUUUGUCUGGAUAAAGCAAUUAAAGAAUCAAAGAUGUGCGAUUUAAGUCUAUGUAUGGGAACGUCAAUGCGAGUUUCGCCUGCAUGUGACCUUCCAUCUAUGAAUUUAAAAUCUGGACGAAAGAAGAUGGUCAUUGUCAAUUUACAGAAGACUCCCUAG